AUGGCUCCUUCAUGGACAUCAGGGGUUUGGACACUACUGGCAGCACUAACUCUACUUAGCUGCAAUAUUUUUACCUGGUGUGAAGCCUCAAGGACUAGUGGCACAACAACUUCAGGAGAAAGAGAGCAAGAGCAAGGACCCUCAUCGCUUGAACGUGUAAAGAGAGGAUGGGUGUGGAACCAGUUCUUUGUCGUGGAGGAGUAUACAGGAACAGAGCCUCUAUAUGUAGGAAAGAUCCAUACAGACUCUGAUGAUGGUGAGGGCAACAUCAAAUAUACUAUCUCUGGAGAAGGAGCUGGAUCCAUCUUCAUCAUUGAUGAGCUUACAGGAGAUAUACAUGCCACAGAGAGACUAGACCGAGAGGAAAAGGCUUUUUACACUCUUAGGGCUCAGGCCCGGGACCGGCUCUCUAACGAUCCCCUUGAGCCAGAGUCAGAGUUUGUCAUCAAGGUCCAGGACAUCAAUGACAGUGAACCCAAGUUCUUGGAAGGACCCUAUAUUGGCAGCGUGGCAGAGUUGUCACCCAUAGGGACGUCUGUCAUGAAGGUUACUGCAUCCGAUGCUGAUGACCCAACAUAUGGCAGCAGUGCCAGAGUGGUGUACAGUGUACUGGAUGGAGAAAAGUUUUUCACUGUUGAUAAAAACAAAGGAAUCAUCAUGACAGCAGUGGCAGAUUUGGAUCGUGAGACACAGGAUCGUUACGAGUUGGUCGUCAAGGCAACAGACAUGGCAGGACAAAUGGGUGGUCUCUCUGGCUCCACCACAGUGACCAUAGUGAUCACAGACGUUAAUGACAACCCACCACGCUUUCCACAGAAAAUGUACCAGUUUUCCGUGUCAGAGGGGGCUGCUGUCGGGACACCAGUUGGACGCAUCAUUGCCACAGAUGCAGACAUGGGAGAGAACACAGACAUGAGCUAUCUGAUCACAGAUGGAGGGGAGCUCUUCAAAGUCACUACAGAUAUGGAGACACAGGAAGCUGUUGUCUCCAUCAAGAAGCCGCUGGACUUUGAGAACAAACGGACACACAAUGUUGUUGUGGAGGCGGUUAAUAAGCAUGUGGACCCUCGUUUUGUGGACCUGGGCUCUUUCCGUGACCAGACCAUUGUCCUGGUGAGCGUGUCGGACAUAGAUGAGCCACCUAUCUUUUACCCAGCCGAUGGCACUAUCAUGGAAGUCCAGGAGGACGCCAAAGUAGGAGCACUAGUUGGAAUCGUUACUGCAAGGGAUCCAGAUGUGAAGAAUAAACCUGUCAGGUUCUCCAUCGAUCGGACUACAGACCAGGAGAUGAUCUUUCAUAUUGAUCCUGACUCUGGUGCCAUCACGCUGGGAAAGAUUUUGGACAGAGAGACUGCAGGCUGGCACAAUAUCACUGUGAAGGCUGUAGAAGCAGACAACCACACACUGGCAUCCCAAACAUCAGUGAGCAUUCGGAUACUUGAUGUGAAUGACAAUCCACCUGAACUGGCCACACCAUAUGAAGCCUCAAUAUGCGAAGAUGCCAAGCCAGGUCAGUUAAUUCACACCAUCAGUGUGGUGGAUAGAGACGAGCCACAGACUGGACAUCGUUUCUACUUCAAUCUUGCCCCUGAAGCCUCCAGCAAUCGGUACUUCACCCUGUGGGAUUUGAAAGACAACACAGCUGGCAUCCGGACUCAGCGGUCAGGCUUUAACCGCCAUGAGCAGAACGUGUACUUCUUGCCUAUUCUAGUAGUUGACAGUGGGCCUCCCUCCCUCAGCUCCACAGGCACCCUGACCAUUCGUGUUUGUGGCUGUGACACAGAUGGAGCCAUCCAGUCCUGCAAUGCCACAGCCUAUGUAAUGAGUGCAGCUCUCAGUCCUGGGGCACUUAUAGCACUACUGGUGUGCAUGCUUAUACUAAUAGUUCUUGUUUUGCUGAUUCUAACCCUGAAACGCCACAGGAAGGGCCAGAGGAUGACAGAGGACGAGGAGGACAUGAGGGAUAACGUCAUCAAGUACAACGAUGAGGGUGGAGGGGAGCAGGACACUCAGGCAUAUGACAUGAGUGCUCUGAGGAACCUCUAUGACUUUCCAGAGGCCAAGAGCUGUGACUCUGGCCCAGACAUCCGCUCACUGCCACAGUGGAUACAAGCGAAACGAGUGGGUGGCGGUGGCGCAGAGGCAGCUGCUGCGGCAGCAACAGACUUUUCCCUUUUCAAAGGCUACAUUCGAAAGAAGGUGGAGCAGGCUGAUGCUGACCUGUCAGUGCCACCAUAUGACUCCUUCCAGACAUACGCCUUUGAGGGCACCAGUUCACCGGCGCUUUCACUAAGUUCCAUUCAUACACUGUCCACCACCUCAGAACAGGAUUUCUCCUAUCUCAGCGAAUGGGGACCACGCUUCAGGCAACUGGCAGGCUACUACGCACCAGGAAACCCUGAGGAGGAAAGGUCCUAGCACAGCUUCUUCUCAGCAGAGACACUUUUAAACACCCUCUUCUUCCUCCUACUUAUCUCUCUCCCCUUCUCACCCUCUGGCAGGCUACUGAGAUCAGAGCCAGUCUAUGUACUCAUUAAAGUCAGAGUACCACCUCUUUAUCUCUUUAGCAAAAUUCCCAGUCUCAGACUUUGAACUCCUUUGAGAAAACUUUGAGAGUUUUUUUUUUGCUUUCUUUUUUUUUACACUUGUUUGUUUUUUCUCGUGUGUGAGAGUUUUAAGAUUUAAAUUCAAAAGCUCUGGUGAUGGUAUGAAAUAAGGAAGAGUAUAGCGAUAUCUAAAACUGCUAUUUAACCGUGUGCAAAGAGAGAGUUUGUUUCUCUCCCGAAAGAAGAACAUUUAUUUUAAGUUAAAAGACGGACUGUCAGCAUUACAUGGGUGGGGUUAAACCAUGCCAAGGUAAAGUGUCAUGUAUUUAUUUGAUGCCGAAAUAUUUAUGUAUUUAUUUGUUUUUAUGUAUUUAUUUAUUUAUUUAUACCAUGCUCACUAUGGUAACUACAAGAGUGAACUCUGCUAAAGUGUUAAUGAAAAAGUAAGGGGAAAAGGACAUCAUUAAUCAAACGAGACAACAUGGAAGAAAGAAGACCCGCAUUAGCAGGGGACUCCACACAAUACCAGUGAAGAGAUGACAUCUGGGUCAUAUAAAAUUACAUUCUGGAAAAUAUUUCUAUUUAUUUUCUAUGACCACUUUUGUAAAAUAAUAACCAACUUCAAACAGAUAUACGAAAAGCAAAGGAAACUAGAACAGAGGCAACACACUGAAUAAUAGAACUGCCGAAGAAAACAGCUGCCAGUUUAGUCUGAAUGGCAAAAACUGAUGCACUUUUGCUGUAUUUUAGUGAUUUAUAAAAAAAAAGGAGGGGAGUUUAUGGUCACAAACUGAGAAAAAAAUGUGUGUUAAUCAUUUCUUAUCCUUUCCACAGCCAUUUUUAAGGCAAUAAGGCACAAACCGCAGCAGUGAUUUAAGACGAAACAAAAUGACUGUUUUCCUGGAAUUGGCUGAUGCCCAGCUUUGUCCUACAGGGAGCCAAUCUUUAUUCCAGAUUUGUGUGUGAAUGUGUACAAUAUGUUCAGUUUAUUUCAUAUCCUGAGAUGUUUAAUUUUCCUUUUGACGUUUUAUUUCCUUUGGGGUAAGGGGAGAACGGUUAUGUCUAAUUAAAGAAAGAGUUUUAUGGGAUAACGUGAUUAAGGAAGUGGUCACAUCCACCUGGUAUCCACAGCCUUUUCAGUGUUGACCUUAACUUGCAAAUGUAUGGAAAAUGAAAAAAAAAAAAAAAGCUAAAUAAAUAUUUGAUUUUUUGGUAAAAACUA